GAACAAGCAGCCUCAAAAGCAACUACAACGCAAUACACGUGGGAAACUUGGCACUCUGACGCCAAGUUUUUCGCUCAGGUACGGGUACCACCGAUCCUCGCAAGGGGGCCUGUGACCGUAGCUGAAGAAAGAGCAAGAGAUUAUUCCGACCUUAACUUAAUCCGCGGGAUGCGGUAGCAACCCCUACCGCAUCUCGCGCGCAUGGCUCUCGUGCGAACCUUCGUCGGCACCUUCUUGGCCAACGUGGUGUUUUAUAACAAGUCGGUGACGAGCUUCUUAGCGGGGACGGUGGUGGGGAUUUACGUCGGACAGAACUACGACGUGCCGAAUGUCGAAGCGAACGUACGCAGAGCCGUGGCAUACCUGCAAGAGCUGCAUGACAAGUACCGCAGGCAGCCUUAAAGCCCUGGUCCCAAAUAGGCCAAUUCUGAGCCAUGCGUGGGCCAAUUCAACUGCUUGCCCUGAUUCAAUUGCUGGACCUUGAUUCAAUCAAGGGCCCUUAUUUGCUUCAACAUGUAAUGAUCUGGGCUUCAACAGUGUGUACAUAGGUUAUGGUUAUAGAGCAAAAACGUAUGCUUGGGAAGUUGGGAUAUACCCUUACAUGCAGCUUUGACUUGGGGUUGGGGCCCUCAAUACCUUUUGUAAGCAGCCAUUUUCGCUUACAACUACUUCCUAAGGCAAU